CCCACAUGCCCAAUCCCUCUCCCCCAAAACCCAAAUGUCAUUUUUAUUAUUAUAUAUAAAUGAGAUUUAACAAACAAUACCAAGAAAGGUAGCUUGCAGCAGUUUUCUAGGCUCUCCCCAAAAAGCAACGCAAGCUAGCUACUCUGUUUUGGUUUUCUUUUUUUGGGGUUUGAUUUGAGGAGAAGAAGAGGAGGAAGCUUCAGUGCAUUUUACUUACACUAGUGUUGUUGGAAGAGCUUUGGAAAUGGCGACGAGAAGCUAAAGGGAAAGGAAAACUGCUAGUUCCGAUCUCAACCAGGGAAGAAGGGAAUGACGAUUUCAGGAAGCUGUUGCCUGGACACAACAACAACAACAGCAAGAAACCAAAGGUGUAGUCGGAAGAAUCAAAAUUGCAGCUGCCGCCUUCUCGAUCUCAGAACAGGACAAGCACAGCAACGACAAGCAGAAGUAGCCCACCCGCAGCAAUGUAGCAGGCAACGACACUUGCAAACUACAACGACAACAACAUCAACAGAAUCCUCCGAUUCAGGGCGAGAAACGAAAAACCCGAAGCUCGAUUUCUCGAAUGAAGGCGUGGCGGAGUGCAGCCCGUUUUGUCACGCUAGCAACGGCAGCAUCAUCAUCAACAAAGGGAAAAUCUCCCCUUUUUUCCUCUGUUUCCUUCUUCUCUUCCUAAUUUCCCCUUCUUCCCCAAUUUUCACAUUCGUUGUCUCCUCUGAGACCGGGAACAACGGAACCCACCAAGUUUUGCAUCCUGGGGAAGAGUUGCAGAAGCUGAAAAGCAUCAGGGAGCGACUCAACAAGAUCAACAAGCCUCCUGUGAAGACGAUUCAGAGUCCUGAUGGCGAUGUCAUAGACUGUGUUCCGUCCCACCAGCAACCCGCUUUCGAUCAUCCCCAAUUGAAAGGCCAGAAGCCAUUGGAUCCACCAGAGAGACCAGAGGGGCAUAGUCCAGCAUCAACAGCAGGGAGUGCAGAAGAGAAUUUCCAGGCGUGGAGGCUGUCGGGGGAAUCGUGCCCGGAAGGAACGAUUCCGAUCAGAAGAACGUCGGAAGAGGAUAUGGUGAGGGCAAGCAGUUUCAGAUCAUUUGGGAAGAAGCUCAAGAGGCACGUCCGCAGAGACACCAACAGCAAUGGCCAUGAGCAUGCAGUUGGAUAUGUGAGCGGCGAUCAAUACUACGGAGCCAAGGCAAGCAUAAACGUAUGGGCUCCGUCGGUGGCGAACCAAUACGAGUUCAGCCUGUCGCAGAUGUGGGUCAUCUCCGGCUCCUUUGGCGACGAUCUCAACACCAUCGAAGCUGGCUGGCAGGUUAGCCCUGAGCUGUAUGGGGACAACUACCCCAGGUUCUUCACGUACUGGACUGUAAGUAUAUACUCACUCUAUGGGGAAAAAAACUGCUCUGAACUUUUCUCAUUAUUUUUCUUUGGGAACUUCCAGACGGAUGCUUAUCAAGCAACUGGGUGCUACAAUUUACUCUGCUCAGGGUUCGUCCAGACCAACAAUCGAAUCGCGAUCGGAGCCGCCAUUUCCCCAACUUCGUCGUACACCGGUGGCCAAUUCGACAUUAGCUUGUUGAUUUGGAAGGACCCGAAGCACGGGAACUGGUGGCUGGAGUUCGGGUCGGGGGUGCUGGUGGGUUACUGGCCGUCGUUCCUGUUCACGCACCUGCGGGAGCAUGCGACGAUGGUGCAGUUCGGAGGGGAGACGGUGAACUCGCGGGCGUCGGGGUUCCACACGGCGACGCAGAUGGGGAGCGGGCACUUCGCCGGGGAAGGGUUCGGGAAGGCGUCCUACUUCAGGAACCUGCAGGUGGUGGAUUGGGACAACAACCUCAUCCCUCUCUCCAACCUCAAGCUCCUCGCCGACCACCCAAACUGCUACGACAUCCAAGGCGGGAUCAACCGAGUCUGGGGGGACUACUUCUACUACGGAGGCCCUGGCAGAAACAUCAGAUGCCCUUAAUUUAAUUAAUUCACCAUUGCCUUUUUCUUCUUGCGGUGGGUUUUUCUCUCAAAUUGAGGAUUUGGGUUUUUCUUCUUCUUCUUGAUUAAUUAAUUAAUUAGUUUCUCUCAAUUUCCCUCACGAUCUCUGCCUGGUGUUUAAUGGGGGAUGCGUUGACUAUACAAAUCAUUGAUUAGGGUUUGUUUUCUUCUGUAAAUUUAAGCAAAAAAAAAAAAAAAGGGAGGAAAUUGUAGUGGUGGAAACACUAAUUAAAUAUAUAUUAUUAUGCUAUGCUACAUACAAACUAUAUAUAUGGUUUGUGAGCUCAGUUUUGUGGAGGAAGAAAAUAAACUAUUUGUUGUGUGUGGAAAAUAAACU